AUUUCAGUGAAACGUGGACUAGACGUUGAAUUGACACUUGAAUUGACGUCUGUGUCAAGCGGGAACAUACUCCCUCCGCGGAGUCCGCAGUGUGAACACAAAAACAUGUACAGGGCUCGACAUUCAGGUGCGUUUGCCAGUGGGACACCAGGCCUGUGAAAGUUACUGGAAAAAAAGAUUCUGGCCUGGGUUAAGAUCUGGCUGGAAAGCGAAUGAUGCGCGCAUUUCAACAGCAGAGGUCCUUCCGUUCGUUCGGUAAUGAUGACCGUCACGUCAUGGCCAAACACUCCACCAUCUACCCAUCGUCGUCUGAACUGGAGGCGGUCCAGACCCUGGUGUCCACCGUGGAGGGUGCCCUCAAACACGUCUCUGAUUGGAUAGACCAGAGCAAUGUCCAAUCGGUGCAGAGUAACAGCCAGGCAGACGCAGCAGCCGGCCAGACAGACGGCCAGCCGAACCCCACAGACAGCACAAUGACAGAGGACGGUAGUGCUGACCAUGACGACGACCUUAACGACGACCCCGACGUUAGUCCCAGCGCCAGCCCAGAUGACUGUACAGACAGCAGCUGCAGGGAGCCCGGUGGAGGUGUUCUGUGUGGGGUGAUGAGGAUCGGCCUGGUGGCUAAAGGGCUGCUCAUCAAACAGGACAUGGAUCUGGAGCUGGUGCUGAUGUGUAGAGAGAAACCCACUGAUGCACUGCUGUGCACUGUCUGUGACAACCUGCCCCUGCAGAUACAAAAGUUAACCGAAGACAAGUAUGAGGUGCAGCGCUGUGUGCCAGAGGCAGCCAUCUUGGUGUGUAGUACGACAGAGCCAAAACUCACCCUGAAGGUCACCCUCACCUCCCCGCAGAUGAGAGAGGACAGCGACACGGACGAACAAGUGGAGGGUGUUGAGCUGACAGACCCGGCAGACAUGCUGGACAGGCACAGAUGCCUGGUGGCCCUGGCGGCUCUGCGACAUGCCAAAUGGUUCCAGGCCAGAGUAAACGGGUUGAAGUCGUGUGUCAUCAUCCUCAGGAUCCUGAGAGACAUGUGCAAUAGACGACCAGCCUGGGAGCCGCUGAAAGGAUGGCCCCUGGAGCUGAUCUGUGAGAAGGCCAUAGCCACGUGUAACCGGCCGCUUGGUGCAGGGGAGGCCCUCCGUCGGGUCAUGGAGUGUCUCGCCUCAGGAAUCCUCCUUCCAGGAGGACCAGGGUUACACGACCCGUGCGAGAAGGAGCUGACCAACACCCUAACGGCCAUGACAGACGAGGAGGCAGAGGCCAUCACAUACAGCGCACAGCACGCUCUGAGACUGAUGGCGUUCGGUCACAUCUACAAGGUGCUGGAGAUGGACCCUCUCCCCUCUAGUAAACCCUCCCAGAAGUACCCCUGGUCAGACAGGGAGGGCUCAGGGCUGAAGAGGCCCUACGAGGAUGGGCCCACGGACGACAAAGACCUCAUCAAGAAGAUGAAGAGGAACCUGAGGAAAGUCCUCGACAGCAAAGCAAUAGACACCAACCAACCAAUGAAUGCUCUGAUGCGUCUGAAUCAGAUACGUCCAGGUCUGCAGUACAAGCUGCUGUCCCAGUCCGGCCCGGUCCACGCUCCUGUCUUCACCAUGUCUGUAGACCUAGACAGCACCGUCUACGAAGCCUCGGGCUCCUCCAAGAAGACCGCCAAGCUGCAUGUCGCUGUCAAGGUUCUGCAGGCGAUGGGUUACCCCACAGGGUUCGAUGCAGACCUGGACUGCAGUGCAGACGAGAAGUCGGACGGAGAGGGGAAGAGCGAAUCAUCUACACACUCAAGCAAUAACACAGCACACUCAGACAACUCAAAUACACUGGAGGUCCGAACUCAGGGUCCUAUUCUGACGGCCAGUGGUAAGAACCCCGUCAUGGAGCUGAACGAGAAGCGCAGGGGUCUGAAGUACGAGCUCAUAUCAGAGAGCGGGGGCAGCCACGACAAACGCUUCGUCAUGGAGGUGGAGGUGGAUGGUCAGAAGUUCCGCGGGGCGGGGCCUAAUAAGAAGGUGGCGAAGGCUUCGGCUGCGUUGGCUGCUCUGGAGAAACUCUUCUCUGGCCCCAACGCCGCCGCCGCAAACAACAAGAAGAAGAAGGUCAUCCCACAACAUGCCACUAAAGGAGCCCUAGCUGCAGCGGCAGCCUCAGCAGUAGCAGCCCAGGUGGCCAGAGGGAGAGGUCGAGCCUUCGUCAGCGCUGCCGCACCAGGGUACACACAGAUACCAGGCUUCGGGACUCCAUAUGGAUACAGUGCCGCAGCCGCCCCAGCCUACGGUUUCUCCCCCAAGAGAAUGCUUCUGUUGCCUGUCAUGAAAAUGCCUGCCUACCCCAUCCCCCACUACUCCUUCUUUUAGCACAGGGACACCAAAACACCCCACCUUAUUUUUUUUAGAAGGGAAUCUGAGUCUUUUUGUUUUUUCAACAUAUCGAGGGGGGGGGGAAACUGAACUAAAGGACUUCAGCAUGAUUUGUAAAAGAAGUGAAUAUUUCUUUUUUACUGUUUCCAACUUUUACUGAUGAAAAAAACCCUGCAGGUUUGAGUUCUUAAAAAAAAAGGAAAAACUUGAAGGAUUUGUACUGUAAAUUGUUCCAUCAUUCUUUUGAGUCUAAAUUACAGUACAGUGCUUUCGGAAAGUAUUCAGAUCCCUUGACUUUUUCACGUUACAGCCUUAUUCCAAAAUUGAUUAAAUAUUUUUUUCAGUCAAAUCUACACACAAUGCAAAGCGAAAACAGGCUAGUAAUUUUUUUUGCAAAUUUAUUACAAAAAUAAAACAGAAAUACCUUAUUUACAUAAACAUUCAGACCCUUUGCUAUGAGACUCGAAAUUGAGCUUAGGUUCAUCCUGUUUCCGUUCAUAAUCCUUGAGAUGUUUCUACAACUUGGUUGGAGUACAACUGUGGUAAUUCAAUUGAUUGGACAUGAUUUGGAAAGGCAUACGCCUGUCUAUAUAAAGUCUCACAGAUGACUGCGUGUCAGAGCAAAAACCAAGCUAUGAGGUCAAAGGAAUUCUCUAUAGAGCUCCGAGACAGGAUUGUGUCGAGGCACAGAUCUGGAGAAAGGUACCAAAACAUUUCUUCAGCAAUGAAGGUCCCCAAAACACAGUGGCCUCCAUCAUUCUUAAAUGGAAGAAGUUUGGAACCACCAAGACUCUUCCUAGGGCUCGCCGCUCGGCCAAACUGAGCAAUCGGAGGAGAAGGGCCUUGGUCCGGGAGGUGACCAAGAACCCAAUGGUCACUCUGACAGAGCUCUAGAGUUCCUCUAUGCAGACUCCACCAAUCAGGACUUUAUGGUAGAGUGGCCAGACAGAAGCCACUCCUCAGUAAAAGGCACGUGACAGGCCGCUUGGAGUUUGCCAAAAGGCACCUAAAGACUCUCAGACCAUGAGAAACAAGAUUCUCUGGUCUGAUGAAACAAAGAUUGAACUCUUUUCCCUGAAUGCCAAGCGUCACAUCUGGAGAAAACCUGGCACCAUCCCAACGGUGAAGCAUUGUGGUGGCAGCAUCAUGCUGUGGGGAUGUUUUUCAGCAGAAGAGACUAGGUGGGAUCGAGGGAAAGAUGAACAGAGUAAAGAAGAGAGAGAUCCUUGAUGAAAACCUGCUCCAGAGCGCUCAGGACCUCAGACUGGGGCGAAGGUUCACCUUCCAACAGGAGAACGACUUUAAGCACACAGCCAAGAUAAUGCAGGAGUGGCUUCAACGCAAGUCUCUGAAUGUCCUUUGAGUGGCCCAGCCAGAGCCCGGACUUGAACCCGAUUGAACAUCUCUGGAGAGACUUGAAAAUAGCUAUGCGUGUCCACUCCCCAUCCAACCUGACAGAGCUUGAGAGGAUCUGCAGAGAAGAAUGGGAGUAACUCCCCAAAUACAGGUGUGCCAAGUAGAGGUCGACCGAUUGAUUUUUCAACGCCGAUAUCGAUUAUUGGAGGACCAAAAAAGCCGAUUCCGAUUUAAACAUUUUUUUGUAAUAAUGACAAUUACAACAAUACUGAAUGAACACUUACUUUAACUUCAUAUAAUACAUCAAUAAAAUAAAGUUAGCCUCAAAUAAAUAAUGAAACAAUUUGGUUUAAAUAAUGCAAAAACAAAGUGAUGGAGAAGAAAGUAAAAGUGCAAUAUGUGCUAUGUAAGAAAGCUAACAUUUCAGUUCCUUGCUCAGAACAUGAGAACAUAUGACAGCUCGUGAUUCUUUUUAACAUGAGUCUUCAAUAUUCCCAGGUAAGAAGUUUUAGGUUGUAGUUAUUAUAGGAAUUAUAGGACUAUUUCCCUCUAUACCAUUUGUAUUUCAUUAACCUUCGACGAUUGGAUGUUCUUAUAGGCACUUUAGUUUUGCCAGUGUAACAGUAUAGCUUCCGUCACUCUCCUCGCUCUUCCCUGGGCUCGAACCAGCAACACAAAGACAACAGCCACCCUCGAAGCAGCGUUACCCAUACAGAGCAAGGUGAACAACUACUAGAAGGCUCAGAGCGAGGGACGUUUGAAACGCCAUUAGCGUGCGCUAACUAGCUAGCCAUUUCCCUUCGGUUACACCAGCCUCAUCUCGGGAGUUGAUAGGCUUGAAGUCAUAAACAGCGCAGUGCUUGACACACAACAAAGAGCUGCUGGCAAAAUGCACGAAAGUGCUGUUUGAAUGAAUGUUUACGCGCCUGCUUCUGCCUACCACCGCUCAGUCAGAUACUUGUAUGCUCAGUCAGAUUAUAUGCAACGCAGGACACGCUAGAUAAUAUCUAGUAAUAUCAUCAACCAUGUGUAGGUCCCUAGUGAUUAUGAUUGAUUGUUUUUUAUAAGAUAAGUUUAAUGCUAGCUAGCAACUUACCUUGGCUUACUGCAUUCGCGUAACAGGCAGUCUCCUUGUGGAAUGCAAUGAGAGAGAGGCAGGUCGUUAUUGCGUUGGACUAGUUAACUGUAAGGAUGCAAGAUUGGAUCCCCCGAGCUGACAAGGUGAAAAUCUGUCGUUCUGCCCCUGAACGAGGCAGUUAACCCACCGUUCCUAGGCCGUCAUUGAAAAUAAGAAUGUGUUCUUAACUGACUUGCCUAGUUAAAUAAAGGUAUAUAAAAAAGAAAUCUGCAAAUCGGCGCCCAAAAAUACCGAUUUCCGAUUGUUAUGAAAACUUAAAAUCGGCCCUAAUUAAUCGGCCAUUCCGAUUAAUCGGUCGACCUCUAGUGCCAAGCUUGUAGCGUCAUACCCAAGAAGACUCAAGGCUGUAAAUGGCUGCCAAAGGUGCUUCAACAAAGUACUGAGUAAAGGGUCUUAUGUAAAUGUGGACUCCAGUCAAGUUGUAGAAACAUCUCAAGGGUGAUCAAUGGAAACAGGAUGCACUUGAGCUCAAUUUCGAGUCUCAUAGCAAAGGGUCUGAAUAUUUAUGUAAGUAAGGUAUCAGUUCUUUAUUUUUAAUACAUUUGCAAAAAAUAAAAAAUAAACAGUUUUUGCUUUGUCAUCAUUGCGGUAUUGUGUGUAGAUUGAUGAGGGGGGAGAAAAUCUAUUUUUGAAUAAGCCUGUAACGUAAACAAAAUGUGAAAAAGUCAAGGGGUCUGAAUACGUUCCGAAGGCACUGUAUGUCAGCCUUUUUUGUUAUUUGUUGUUCUUGAGGAAGGAGUUAGGCCUUGCAAUUUGACAUAGACGACACGUUCUCUGUAAACCUGAGCUGUGUGAAGGAUGUAUAGGAAUAAUAAUGAAACUAUUUGUGGACAAAUAAAACCUUUAUCUUCUACAACAA